GAGUAAGCUCGGUGCAGUUAUCUGCCCUUUGUUUACAUCCUUUUGCUGUUUGAGUCACUCACUCACAGAUUCCUGGAAAAAAAACUGAGUAAAUAAAACAUUUUUGUCUGUCUGUCUGUAUGUCAUUGUGCCUCCCCCUAUGAUGCCGUUCCCGUGCGCGCGUGUUGUGUCGGUGUGUGUGGAAUGAUAAAGAGUUGCAGUUUGUUGGUGUUAAAAUAACCCGGUCUCUUUUCGGCGGGGGCCUUAAGUGGUCGUCCUGUUUCACAAAGCUUACUGAUGCAACAAGUUCUAACUGGAUGGUAAAUAUUAGUUGGAGUAAUAUUAACUGGAUUUAUAUUAACAUCACCUGAAACACAUUAAUGGUAAAAGAGAAGAAAAACUGAUAAUCACUGAUGCCAUAUUUCUACCAAAGAACAGUACUAUGUAUCCAAUCCAACCGAUGUAUCCUGUAGGAAACCAUUUAAAUUUUGAAGUCCAAAAUCAAGGGUUUUUCCAAAAUGACCAACAUUCGCAUUCCAAUCUGCAAUCAUUGCCAAGUUUAGAAAACAAAAAUUCAAAAUCUCAACCUGAGAACCUUAAAACCCACCCAUCUCAAGAAAAGCCCUUCAAAUGUGAAAUAUGUAGAAAAGGUUUUGCACGCAGAGUUAAUCUUGAUAAUCAUGAGCGUUCCGCAGCAGGGGACAAGCAUUAUUACUGCAGCUACUGUGAAAAAGCUUUCUCACAGCAAAUCUUUGUGAAGAACCACGAACGAGUACAUACCGGUGAAAAACCUUUCAACUGUAAUGAUUGUGAUAAAACAUUUAGUCAACAAGUUAACCUACGUAAUCAUCAGAGAAUUCAUUCUGGGGAAAAGCCCUUCCUUUGUAAUGUUUGCCCUAAAGCCUUCAGCCAGCAAGGUAACUUGAAUACACAUAUGAGGACCCACUCUGGUAAUCGUCCUUACUCUUGUGAUUCCUGUGAUCGCACUUUUACUCAGAAAGUUAAUCUAGACAGCCAUAAACGCAUCCACACGGGGGAUCUCUUUACCUGUACCACAUGUUCUAAAGAAUUCACAUUGGAAAUUAAUUUACGUAAUCACGAACGGAUUCACACAGGGGAAAAACCGUAUCAGUGCUCGGUUUGUAGUCGUCCUUUCAGUCAACAAACGGCUUUAAAAAACCACGAACGGAUCCACACGGGCCAACGUCCUUACCAUUGUACUGUUUGUGAUAAAUCUUUCUCGCAACUCGGUAACCUCAGCAUUCAUUUACGAACCCAUUCGGGAGAAAAACCUUAUAAAUGUUCCGAUUGUGGGAAAGCCUUUAGCCAAAGGACUAACUUAGAUAGUCAUAGGCGUAUACAUACUGGUGAGUUAUUUAAAUGUUCAUUUUGUCCAAAAGCCUUCUAUCAACAGAUUAAUCUUCGAAAUCAUGAGCGUAUUCAUACCGGGGAGAGGCCCUUCACUUGCUCUUUCUGUUCAAAAUCUUUUAGCCAGCAAACUGCUUUGAAGAACCACGAAAGGGUUCAUACCGGAGAAAAGCCCUACCAGUGUAAUUUUUGUCCAAAAUCUUUCAGUCAACUUGGGAACCUUAGUAUUCACAUGCGAAUACACACAGGGGUUCGACCCUUUACCUGUAUGGAAUGUGGUAAAACGUUUAGUCAAAAGACAAAUCUUGACAAUCACAAACGAAUUCAUACCGGAGAGUUAUUCAAAUGUUCUUAUUGCCCCAAAGCUUUCACUUUACAAAUUCACUUGAACAAUCACGAACGGGUCCAUUCUGGGGAGAAACCCUUUCAGUGUACAAUCUGUUCCAAGUCAUUCAGUCAGCAAGGUAACUUGAAGACACACAUGCGAAUACACACGGGCGAAAAACCUUAUUCUUGUAAUCUGUGUGGAAAAGCUUUUUCCCAAAGAGGUAAUUUAAAUAAUCACAUACGCACUCACACCAGCACUGGUUCUGCAAACAAUAAUUCUGAAUGUGAAACUAUGUCUUGUAAUAAAACUCUUUCUGAAAAGCAAAAUAGUAUGAAAAGUGUUCUUGGAAAACAACCGUAUAAUUGCAAUGUUGACAAAGAUUCUUCUUUCUCUUCUCACAAACAAAUCUCCAUGUCUAGUAAAUAUAACAGUUCUGUACCAGUGAGCAGUAGUAAUGAAGUAUCCUCUAACAAUGAUUCCACUAGUAAUAACAACCCGAACCAAGACCGUUCUCUUCAUCGUCAUCACCAUCAUCAUCACCACCAUCACCACCACCCUUCAGCUAUGAUGGAGGAACGACGUCGACUGGAAUCACAGAUGACUGCUUCCAUGAGGCUACCACCAUCUUCAGUGUCUUCUUCUUGGAUGGCAGCAUCGUAUCUCCAUGAGAUUCCUCCUAACUGGGAGAAUAACUAUUUAUGGCCUCGCGGUUUCCCCAUGGGACCAAUGUCAUCUUCAUCUUGGCACAAUGUGCCUGGGCCUCUUGCUCAUGAACAGAAACAGAAUAAAACAAAGGAAUUAGCUUUGAACUCUCAAGAUUCUGUUCAAAGAACUAUUUAACUUGUAACCUAUUCUCUAUAUGUACUGGAACAAACCAUAUUUCCAUGUGUACACUUUAUAUUGUUCAGAUGCUUCAUAAUAGAAAUUGCCUUUCACUGUAAAAGUGUAAUUUGUGUAUACACUAAAUUAUGUUUACAUUUUCCUACAAAACUCUUUUACAAACAUCUAAUUUUAUCAUAGUUUAUGAUGCAUUCAUUUUCGUCUAAUCUUCUUUUCAAAUUCUAAUAGCAGUAAUUGCAAACCUUACACUGAAAGUAUUAUUAAAUUUCUCUGUAACAAACGUGUUUUGUUACAUGUGAAAGUGCUAAAGAAAACUUGUGGUGUCUACGAGUUUCUUUCACACACUUCAUUUGUCUCAAAUUUGAUUUUAUAUGCUGUAAUCAAAUUAUUUCAAAUAACUUUGUUAACCUAAUUAGAUUUCAGUCUUAGAAAACAAAUCUCAGUCAUUUUGCUCCACUUUAAAAUGUAUUCGAGCUUUAGCAGCAAAUUGUAAUUGUGACUAUGAAAUGAUUGCUGCCAUAUAUAUUUCUUGGUUAUGUAAGUAGAGUAUGAUAACUAUGUCUCUUCCCUCUACCCAAAGAUAAAAUACAAAUGUAGAAAAUAAUAUCAAGAAAACAUUAUAAAUUUAUUUAUUAAUAUCAGGUUUCAAUUACAAUUAAAUUACAUUAAUUUAAUGGAUAGAAGUAUGAAUUUCCUCAGGAUUUUGACUUGAUGAGCUUUGUAGGUGAAAGACAGUUCUGAAAUGGGUUUGUGUGACUUGAUGAGGAAAAUUCUUAUUAAUGAAGUUAGCAACUUCUUUUCAUUUAGAAA